GGUCAGCAUGCAUGAGUUUGUAAGCAACAAACUUCAUGCUGCCCUGUUUAACUGUCUACAUAAUUUCUUCAGCUCUUGGCAUUGCGACUCCACUAACUGGGGUCGCACAUUUCCUAUCAUAAUGCGGGAAAAAAUAAACAAAGAUGAAACUGGCUUGGGCGCUACGUUCUUUGCAAGGAAUUACGACGGUGACAGGCUACAAAUCCCAUUGACCAAAGAUACAUUGGAAUCACACGGCAACCUCAUGCUUUACGAGCUGAUGCGGAUGCAAGGGAACCAAACAAAGGCGGCACACGAUUCACUCGAAGCAAUCAAAGGAACGUUCCUUGUUCUGUAGGGCAGUUCGGAGGACGAGCAGAUGUUAAAACGAGCAACAAAUCAUGUUACCAUUUCCUCUUUGCUCAAGGACACCUCUGUGACACA